UGCUUUUCUUUGUACUGUAUCAUUGUAAAUUAAAUAAUUUGGGGUUUGGAGGCUGUUUGUCAGACAAAAGAAGCAACACCAAGACAUUUUGUUGUUGUAAGUUUGACUUUACUUUUAGUUUUAGGUUAAUGUUAGAGUUAGGGUUGCGGUUAGGCUCAUAAAAGUGAUCUGGUCAGGAUUAUUUGUAUUUGUGAUGGACCACACAGGUAACGUUACGUGUGUUUGUUUGUGUUGACGCCUCAACCGUUCGUGUUGGCGUAUCAUAGCAACAAGCUCAAACAAAGGUGAAGUGGAAAAGAUGGCGACGCAGAGAGAAAACGAUGCUGCUGAUUAUCUCAAGAAACACAAAAUUAUCGAGCUCAUGGACAACCUGACCAGCAUGCUGUUCUUUUACAGACCUGAGAAUCCCAGAGAGUUCCUUAUUGAGCAACUGGAACAGCUGAAGAUUUCUCAACAGAGUGGUAUGAGAGGGCCGAAUCUGUUCAACAACGCCAACUUGAAUGCAGUGUUUGGGAUACUGGACCCCGCUAACCAAAAAUACAUCACUUUUGCCCAAUACAAGCAGGCUCUGACCACACUGGGCAUAAAAGACAUUAAUGAGUGUCCUGAAGGUGUAAAUGAAGACAGAAUAUCCCAUGAGACUUUCAAAACAGAAGCGAUGCAAGGCCUGCAGAGAUGCUCAGCAACGUAUGAAUAACUGUGAACUUAUAUAUAGAUAUGGAUGUUGUCAUUUGGACUUGGCUUUAUCUGUAGCUGUGUUUUAUAAAAUGAGCACAUUUUAUAUAAUUAUUGUUAUUAAACUGCUAAUGUUAACAUGUAUUCUGAUUCAUGUAGUUUCAUUUCCUUUCAAGUAUUCACCACUUUGUAGAAUAAAGUCAACAUUUGCAUGUU